UGUAAGUAAAGGGGAUUUGUGCGACGAGCCGUCAGUUGGAAUCGGGAUUUCGCGUGGCCCGGACGGCUCGAGCGAGCGGCGUGCGAUUCUCCAGUCCCUGCGAAGUCGGUCGUUGCCGACGGCACGUGGUGCUCGCGACACACACACACUCGACGUGCACUAUCGGAGUCUGCUGAGUGAUUCCGACGCGCCGGGUGAAGGAGGAAGAGAAGUCAAAGGAGGAGGAGAAAGACAUCACACGAGAGAUCCGUGAAAGGCCUCUCAGCCGGCGCCUCUCGCCUCCUCAACACGAUGAUCGUCGCGCUUGCGGAAAGCUCGCGAGCAGGCUAGAAGUUGACACGUUUGACACGUGUCCAGCGGCGACAGGAGCGACAGGGACACGCGUAUCUGAUAGUGCGAGAGAUCAUGAGGAAAUCUGCAGACCGCAACGUCCGGACAUCCUACUUCUAACAGACGUUCCUCUUCCCAAGUUCAACGCGAAAAGGUAACCGUGACUGUUAGCCGCCUUGACGAAUCGAUAAAUUCCCGAGGAAACCGGAGAGAAGAGAUUGCCGUUUGAUCGGCCAUUGUACGCCCGGCCGCUCGAUUCUUCGAGCUGUCGCGCUAACUGGAAGAAGAAGAAGAAGCGGUAUUAGUAGCAGAAGAAGGAACGAACAGACGGCGAAGACAUGGCGCACGAGAACGGGAUAAAUGGCGGGGACACCGACUCGGAGACGGUGGAGUUGAAUCCUUUGAGGAGAACCAGAUUCCACGUGAACCGGGUCGACAGUCUCGAAGGUCGGGCGAGCCUUUUGGGCGAGCAGGAGACGAAGAAGUCCCUCAGGCACAUGACCAGGGAGGCCCUGCCCAGACUAGACAACUACAGAAACAUCAUGAGCAUUCAGGCGGCCCACAGACCCUCCUUGGACGAGCUGCACAAUCCCACUCUUCUCAACAAGGGCUCAGGCUCGCAUACCUUGACCAUCCCGCAUGUGAAACCCACGUCAGCUGGCGUGAAAUUCGGAUGGAUCCAAGGAGUGCUGAUGCGAUGUCUCCUCAACAUCUGGGGUGUGAUGCUCUUCUUGCGGCUGUCCUGGGUCGUAGCGCAAACCGGAGUCGGCCAAGGUAUUUUAUUGAUCCUCACAACGACAGUAGUCACGACGAUCACGUCCUUGUCGAUGUCGGCUAUCAGCACGAACGGUCUCAUCAAAGGAGGUGGAACAUAUUACAUGAUUUCCAGAUCAUUGGGGCCCGAGUUCGGCGGCUCCAUAGGUCUCAUCUUUUCCUUGGCGAACGCCGUCGCUUGCUCUAUGUAUGUGGUGGGUUUUUGCGAGAGCAUGGUGGACUGUCUCAAGUCUUACGGCCUCUGCAUAGUCGACUGUCACACUUCCGACAUUAGAAUCAUAGGUUGCAUAACAAUUGUCGUGCUUCUAUUAAUCGUGAUAGUGGGCCUGGAAUGGGAGGCGAAGGCUCAAGUAGGUUUGCUGAUGAUCCUCCUCGUAGCUAUUGGCGACUUCAUGAUCGGCACUUUCAUAGGUCCCAAAAGCGUAGAGGAGAGAGCUAAAGGUUUCAUCGGAUACAACGGUCAACUGUUUAAGGAGAAUUUCUAUUCGGACUACAGAUACAAAGACGGCGUGGAACAUAAUUUUUUUUCAGUCUUGGCCAUUUUCUUCCCGGCGGCAACAGGUAUCCUGGCAGGUGCGAAUAUAUCCGGUGACUUGAAGGAUCCGCAAACGGCGAUACCGAAGGGCACGCUGCUGGCGAUUCUCUUGACGUCACUGUCGUAUCUGAUAAUGGCGCUUAUGGUCGGCGGUACCAUAAUGCGAGACGCAACUGGUGACGUUAAUGAUUUGUGGACGGUGUAUAACAGUUCUCUUAUGCGCGGCAUAGUCAACGAUACUGUGAUCGAAAAUAGUACGGUUCUCGCUGACGAGAGUAUCAACCGCACUUCCUGGAGCAUAUACGGAACGGAUUUCAACUGUACUGCAGGAUGUCAGUACGGUAGCCAAAAUAGCGCUGAGGUAAUCCAAUUGGUUUCCGGCUUCGGUCCAUUCAUCUAUGCCGGUUGCUUCGCUGCAACGCUCUCAAGUGCCUUAGCAUCGUUGGUCUCAGCUCCGAAGGUGUUUCAAGCGCUGUGUCUGGAUAAGCUGUAUCCGGGAAUCACGUGGUUUAGCGGCGAGAAAGAUAAGGAGCCAAUUCGCGGUUAUUUCCUCACUUUCGUUAUUGCCGUUGGCUUCAUUCUAAUCGGUGAAUUGGACGCGAUCGCGCCUCUCAUCUCCAACUUCUUCUUGGCUGCGUACACUCUCAUCAAUUUCAGUACCUUCCACGCUUCUUUAGCUAAGCCGAUCGGAUGGCGACCGACUUUCAAGUAUUACAACAUGUGGCUCAGUCUCGCUGGUGCUAUCCUCUGUGUUUCUGUGAUGUUUCUGAUCUCAUGGUGGACGGCUUUGAUAACGUUAUGCGUAGUUUUAGCACUGUACCUAAUAGUUCAAUACAGGAAGCCCGAUGUCAAUUGGGGUUCGACCACGCAAGCCCAGACAUACAACAAUGCGUUGACCGCCGUGCAGCAACUGGACCGAGUGGAGGAGCACGUGAAGAAUUACAGGCCACAACUCCUAGUGCUUACUGGCGCGCCCAACGCGAGGUCGUCGCUCGUCGAUUUCGCUCAUCACAUUACUAAGCAUCAGAGCUUAUUUAUUUGCGGUCACAUUAUCGAGACACCUAUUUCGUACAAGACGCGCAGCAGCAUGGUGGCGAACUGCAACUCCUGGUUCAGAGCAAACAAGGUCAAGGCGUUCUACUCGCUGGUGGACGGCGCGAGUUUCCAAGACGGUGCUACUUCUCUCUUACAGGCCGCCGGGUUGGGCAAAAUGAGACCAAACAUCCUGCUGAUGGGCUACAAGCAAAAUUGGGCUUCCUGUCCCCGCGAGAAUCUGAAUAUGUACUUCAACGUCAUGCACAAAGCUUUGGAUAUGCACAUAGCAGUAGCACUUCUGCGGAUCCAAGAUGGCUUAGAUUGCAGCAUCGCUAUUGGAGACGCGGAAGACCCGAAGAAACUUGCGCCCACAUCAAUACCGGGAAAUCAGAGCUUUUCUCAGCUUAGCCAAGCUAGUAGUACUUCGGACAUAUCGAUACCUGGCAGUCCCGCGCCAAGGCGUUCGAAGACGAUCAAUGAGUAUCCCAAUGCGUCGUCCGAGGAGCAACGCGAACCUCGACCGUACAUAGUGCCGAUCGCGAAAGACAUAAUUAACGUGGUUACGAAGUUCCAACGGAAACACAAGAAAGGUACUAUCGACGUAUGGUGGCUGUAUGAUGACGGCGGCUUGACCCUCUUGUUGCCUUACAUCAUCAGCACGAGGCGCAAUUGGUCCAACAGCAAACUAAGGGUCUUCGCUCUUGCCAAUAAGAAUUCUGAGUUAGAAUACGAGCAGAGGAGUAUGGCGAGUCUCCUAUCGAAAUUUCGAAUAGACUAUUCCGCUCUGAAGGUGAUACCGGAUAUCUCCAAGCCGGCGCAACCCAGCACAAAAACCUUCUUUGACUCGCUAAUAGCUGACUUCCAACAAUCAGCCGAUCCGAAUAAUUCUGAGGACGACAUUAUUAAAGAUUCGGAACUCAUGGCGAUGAAGGAGAAAACCAACAGACAUCUUCGUCUACGAGAGCUGUUGCUGGAGAAUUCUAUGGAGGCCAACUUAGUUGUUAUGACACUACCGAUGCCACGGAAAGGUGCAGUAUCAGCGCCCCUUUACAUGGCAUGGUUAGAGACGCUGACACGCGAUAUGCCGCCAUUCCUAUUGGUGCGGGGUAACCACACGUCAGUUUUAACGUUUUAUUCAUAAUGAUGUGAGAAGUGGAUUGAAAUUAAAAAAAACAUACACACACAAGGAUACAUAGACACUGGCUCAUAGUUAGCUACGACAACAGUGCCGCAGUAUUACAAUCGAUUGUUCAAAAAGUAAGACUUAAUCACUUGUAUACGCGGAAAACUGACUCGACUAUUGCAGAACGAAAGAUUCGGUAACAUAUCUUUAAUUGUCUCUUUUUAAUGACGCCAGAAGCAAAAAAUUCUUGCAACAUACGUUAAAAUAAAAAUAUACAUCCAUAAAAUAACACUUGCACAAUCACGAUUAAACAAACUUGUAGGAUAUUCCGUGCGCUCCCCUUUUGCUCUAACAAUCAAUAAUUUACUAUAGAUUAACCUGAAUAGAAAUAGGCGAAGAAAUAGGUUAAGAAGAUGAUUUGUAUGUCACGUUAAUUUACGAUAAAUUAUUGAUUGUUACAGCAAAAGGGGAGUGCGCGAAAUAUCUUACAAAUUUGUUUGAUCGAUUGCAAGAGUUAUGGAUAUAUUAAUGGAUAUAAGGAUAUAAGGAUAUAUAUAUAUAUAUAUAUAUAUAUAUAUAUAUAUAUAUAUUUAUUUAUUUAUUUUAACAUAUUUUGCAAGAAUUUUUUGCAUGUUUCGUAUUUUUUCGUUUCUAAUGUCACUAAAAAGAGAUAAACAAUGCGAGGGGCCAGCAGCCUUAAUGUUAUUGAUGAACAUACUUUUCGUUAUGCAUGAGUAAAUGCUUAGAUUGUAAAUGAAUCGCUGUUAAGGAAUGUGUGCCUAUAAUAAGUAAUUUUCAUAUCUCUGAAAAAUAUUCGGACAUUAUAGCAACAUUAUUUUUUAACAUUUAAGAAGUAGGAUAUUAUAUAAUUUUAAAGGAACUUUAAUGUGAAUCUCUACGGCGUAAAAAGAUAAACUAUAAUGUGUAUAAAUACUUAAAAUAAAUAAUGAUAAGAGAGAAAAA